GGCCUCUCCAAUAUGCGAUAAUUUCUAGGGAUUUUAGCCCCAUUUCUUGGUUCCAAGAGUUCUAAACCCUCGCCCUGCCCAGCGGGGAUCGUCGCGGCGCCGGAUCUGGUGAAAAUCUUCCAUUCCCACGCGCGGUGCCUCCGAUCUGGAUGCGCCAGUGAUGGCCGCCGCUGUAGGUAUGGCGCACACCAUGGUAGCGGGAUCCGAGCCCACGGCGGCGACGAACACCAGCAGCAGCAGCAGCAAUGGCGGCGGGGGAGGAGGAAUUCCAGGUCGCGUGGAUUGGGCAAACUGCCGCCGCAAGUCCGCGCACGUCGUCCUCUGCCCGCUCGUCCGCGUCGGCCAUCUCAAUCCGAUGAUGAUCCUGGGGCAGAAGCUCGCGCAGAUGGGGCUCUCGGUCACCGUGCUCAUCCCCGGGAAUCGCCCGCUCCGCCGAGUCCUCAACAACAAUCCCACCGACGGCCUGGACGUGCUGCUCGAGGUGCUGGACAUGGCCGAGGACGAGGACUCCUGGCAGCCCAGCAGCCGAUCCAUCGCCACCGGCGCGCGGCGGCUCCAGGUGGAUAUGUGCGCCGUGGCCAGCACCAUGUCCAUGUUCCAGAUGCACGGCGAGGCCCUCCGCCGCAAAUUCGACGAGAUCAGGCGCUCACCAUCGCCGCCCGUGUACGCCGUGAUGGAUUACAUGCUCUUCUCCUCGGCCAGCGAUGGAUUCCUGGCCGAGAACGCCAGCCUCGUCCCGAUCUGCGUCUUCUGCCCGAUCUCCGCCGCCAGCAUCAUCUUCCAUAUGUCGGCCUCGCAGCAGACGCUCCCCUCCAAGCUCGCUGAUGGGUUCGUCAUCCCGGGGCUGCCACCAUUCCGCCCACACGACAUCUCCGACUACUACCGCGAGACGUCCCACGUCUUGAAUCUCCUCUUCUCCGAGCACAGCAAUCUCCUGGCCGAGUUCCAUCGCCUCAUGAUCAACACCUUCUACGACCUCGAGAACGGCCCCCUGGACGUGCUCCGCCUCGACGCCAAGGCCACCAAAUCCAAGGUCUACGCCGUCGGCCCGCUCCUCCCGCCCGAGUUCUUCAAGCUCGAUCUGGCCAAGCCCACGGGCGAUCGCGCGGUGGAGGAGAUCAAGGAGCACCGCGAUCGUCUCGUCAAGAGCGCCGACGAGCAGCGAUGCAAGGAGUGGCUCGACGGCCAGCCGGAGACCUCGGUGCUCUACAUAUGUUUCGGGAGCUGGAUCUCGCUGUCGCGCGCCCAGAUCUUGGAGCUGGCGGUGGGAUUGGAGGCGAGCGAGCAGGGAUUCCUGUGGGUGUUCUCGCGCGUCCAGGAGAUGGAAGCUCUCCCGGAGGGAUUCGUGGAGAGGAUGGCGAGUAGCAACAAGGGCUUCUUCUACGUUGGCUGGGCGCCGCAGUUCGUCAUCCUCAGUCACUCCUCCACGGGCGCGUUCGUGACGACGUGCGCGUGGAACUCGGUGCUCGAGUGCAUCUCCCUGGGCGGCCUGCCCAUGCUGGCGUGGCCCAUCACCAUGGACCAUCUCCCCACGUGUCGCUACCUGGUUGACGUGCUCCACGUGGCGGUGGAGGUGAUUGGCGACGGCGACGAGCGUCUCGUGGGGCGUGCUGAGGUGGAGGCCGCGGUACGCGCGGUCACGGUCGGGGAGGAGGCCGCGGCGAUGCGGCGGCGUGCCGCGGCACUGCGGCGUGCGGCGUGCGAGGCGGCGACGCAGGAGCCAUUGCGGCCGUUUGUUACCGAGGUACUGCGCCACGCCCACCAGCCGCAGUAAAAAGUGGCGAUCUACCUUUAAUUCCGGGUGGUGGGUAAAUUUCUUUCUUUUUUACCUUUUCAUACCGGGCGGGGCAGCAGUGGAAAACAAAUUUUUAUGGGUAUGAUCUACUACGUCGAAAGGUUUCUA